GGGAGAAAAUAAGAAGAAGCCAUGCUACAUGACCGAGCUCUCACGAAACCAGUCGCACUCUCUCUCACUCAGAUCGAGGAGCUAUGCACUACUGCACCUCACCGGAUGGAUGUGCAAUUGUCACGCCGGAGUAGACAUGGCCAUGGAAAGAAAGGAUAAGGAAGGAAUGAAGGAUUGUGUGUGUGUGAAUAUACUGCUGUGAGCAUGAUGUUGGUGCAACAUACAGCGGCCUCGGCGUGAUGAUGUGUUGCUAUUGAGAGGAUCGAUCGACGCUCAGGACGUGCGGUGUCUGCUUCGGCGAUACGGAGCUGCUGCGUUACUAUGUUUCGUUCGAGUUCUGCGUUGCGUUUUUUGCGCAGAGCUCUGGUUGCGACUGCCUGCCUGAUACUUCGCCUCCGCCCUCGCUGCCACUGUCUCACUUGUGCCGGCCUGUAGCGUCUAUUUUGAUUCUCUGCUGUGAGGCCUUGCUGUAGCGUUCGUGCUGGUGGGAGCAAUGGAUUGGGUUUGGAUAUGGGGAUGAGCUGGUGAGUGUGUCGAGUGAACCCUCGGUGGAAUAAGAAGAACAAGCGGUAGUUGGGCAGGGAAGGGAAGGGAAAAGCACGGUGGCAGCACUCGUAAGCUUGUGAAAAUCGCUUUGCAGCUUGGUCUGGCCAGUCGAGGCGGGGUUGGGGGAUUGGAGAUUGGGUAGUCCUCGAUCGCCAUGAACGAUCUUCUUGGGGAGGAUACAUGAUCAUCAAUAUGGGAGCGUUAAACUUGAAGAGCUUGAGUCUUGAAAAGGAUUCGUGCGUUAUCGCCCAGAUUGUUUUGGUGGAUCGUAAAUUAGGAUUCUGCAGCAGCAGAUGGCAGAGAGGUGGACCUCGAGGCGGGACCUUUUGAUGUCCCGGACGCUGGUCAAAACAUGUCCUUGUUCUUCCAAGAGUUGGAAGCAGGUUAAUGACAUCAAAAGCUCGAUGGCGGAGAUUCGGAAGAAGUUUCAGAAGUUGCAGGAUACGAAUGACGAGUCCAAGAAUGUGACUAAAGCUCCAACCAUGAAAGCUCUAAAGGAGAAAAUGGAACAGGAUCUAGAUGACAUCAGCAAGAUUGCUCAAGGUUUGAAGAGAAAAUUAGAGGCCCUGGACAGAGCAAAUGUUGCAAACCGUAAAAUCAAGGGUUGUCAUGAAGGGUCUAGCACCGAUCGGACACGGAUAACUAUCUCUUCUACUUUGAAGAAGAAGCUGAAGGAGCUCAUGAUUGGUUUUCAGGCACUGAGACAAAGAUUUCAAGACGAGCACCGGGAGGUGGUUGAAAGGCGUGUUUUCACAGUCACAGGGCAGAAAGUGGAUGAAUCAGUCAUUGAACGCUUGAUUGAAACAGGAGACAGUGAGCAAAUUUUUCAAAGGGCUAUCCAGGAGCAGGGGAGAGGCCAGAUUCUGGACACAAUAGCUGAGCUCCAAGAGCGACAUGAUGCUGUUAGGGAAAUUGAGAAGAAGCUCUUGGAACUUCACCAGAUUUUUAUUGACAUGGCGGUGCUUGUUGAAUCGCAAGGCGAGCUACUUGAUAGCAUUGAAACCCAGGUAAGCAAAGCAGUCGAACAUGUCGCUGCGGGCACAUCUGCGCUCCAAAAGGCAAAAACCUUGCAAAGAGGAACUCGCAAGUGCACGUGUGUUGCCAUUUUCUUACUGCUUGUCACAGCUAUCAUUGUUCUCCUUGCUGUAAUCCAGCCUUGGAAAAUUAAUGCUACUAAGUGACCUCAUUAGUGUUUUGGUUACUAUACAACGCCACUCCCCGUUGGAAAGUUUUUCAAUCGACUUAGGUCUUUCGAGCCAAUUAGAGCUUUACGGUUGAGUGUGCGAAGCUCGUGGUUUGCUUCCUCACCUCUCCGUGUCUGGCCUUGAUAACGAAGUAAUUCUGCAUCGCAAUUACACGACUGCAUUGACCUUCAAUAUGUAGGUCCUAGGUACUUGGGGUUGUGCCUUGGAACAACCAGAAGGAACUCGACAGGAUAGAGGAGCCCUAAAUUUUUGCUGAAUAUUGUCUUCUUGGUUUGUUUUCAAUAGCGCGUUUGUGUGCAUGUUUUGAAGGUAGGAAUUCUUAAGAUGGUAGGAAUCCUACCUUCAAGAAUUCUUCAAGAAUGCUUAAGAAUUCCUCAAGAAUUCCUACCAAUCCUCAUUAAGUUAUUGUCUAACAGAUUUUGAAAUAAGGUAUUGCCCGAUAUCGUCUA